AUGACCUUUUUUGACGCUGAAUCAGGGAAUUAUUGGGGAAACACCACAUCACCCGUUAUUGGAAAUGAAGAUGAGCGUCUAAGCGCCCGUAGCGUGAAAAUCUUUGCAGAUGGUGCGCUGCGGACUGGCGGUGCAGCGCUGUAUGAACCUUACGCAGACAAUCCCACGACCAACGGGUUUAUGCGACUGGACGAGGAAAUUCUAUUCAAGUAUAUUCCCUGGUUUUUAAGAGAUGGCUGGCAAGUGAACGUACAUGCCAUCGGUGAUCGUGCCAACGGAGUGGUCAUAGAUGCCUUUGAAGCCUCAUUGAAAGGCGCUAAUGUUACAGCUCUACGUCCUCGACUUGAACAUGCUCAGAUUAUGACCCCAUCCGAUGUCGCGAGGCUUGGUCAACUUGGAGUCAUCGCGAGUGUUCAACCCACCCAUGCCAUAAGUGAUAUGUGGUAUGCUCAAGACCGUCUCGGCCCAGAACGCGUAAAGAAUCUAUACGCUUUCCGCACGAUCAUGGACAUGAGAGCUAGAAUCACCCUUGGUUCCGACUUCCCGGUCGAGAGCAUGAACCCACUCUCUGGGUUUUAUGCUGCUGUUUCUCGUCUUUCACCGGAUGGGAAAUCACCUCAUGGUCCAGGCGGAUGGUUCCCCGAACAACGGCUGACUCGUCAAGAGGCUUUGCGAGGAAUGACAAUUGACCCAGCUUGGGCCUCAUUUACCGAAAAAUACUUGGGGUCUUUAGAACCCGGUAAAAGAGCAGACUUUGUCGUCCUAUCUCAAGAUAUUAUGGCGGUUCCCGUCAACGAGAUUCUGGAUACGAAAGUUUUGGCCACAGUUAUUGAUGGUAAAGCUGUCUAUGGAAGUUUUUGA